AUGCAUAAUCAAGGUCUGAUUUUGUUCGCAAAGUCUAUAUCUUUAUCUUCAAGGGAAGUAAUAGAAAGGAAGUUAAUAGUUAAAAAUGACCUCCCCAAUCUUCCAUUAUUUACUCAAAUUUCCCAUCACGCUGAAACACAAUCUAAACAGAAAUCUGCAAUUAUUGAUGUCAAAGCUGGAACAUCUCAUUCUUAUCGUCAUCUAGUUUCAGAUAUAGUAGGAUUAAGAACACAGUUGUUAAAAAAUGCGGGUACAUCUAUUGAAGAUUUAAAAGAGGCACGAGUUGCUUUUUUAUGUCCAAAUGGAUAUGAUUAUGUCGUAUCUCAAUGUUCAGUCUGGUCUGCUGGUGGAAUUGCAGUUCCAUUAUGUAUAACACAUCCACCAUCUGAACUUUUAUAUGUUUUGAAUGAUUCUCAGUCAACAAUAAUGAUCGCACAUUCGGAUUUUCAAGAAAAAGUAAAUAAUAUUGCUCGUGAAGCAGGUAUUAAAAAGGUUAUCACAGUCUGUGAUAAAGAUCAAAAAUAUAGUCAAUAUGAUGGUACCAAUUAUAAACCUCCAUCAUUGAUCCCAAUGGAUGAUUCACGUCGUGCAAUGAUAAUUUACACUAGCGGAACAACCGGAAAGCCAAAGGGUGUGGUAACAACUCAUGCAAACAUUAUUGCUCAAAUUAAAUCUCUUGUUGAUGCAUGGAGAUGGAAUAAUAAAGAUAAAAUUUUACAUGUAUUACCUUUACAUCAUUUACAUGGUAUUAUUAAUGCAUUAACUUGUGGACUCUAUGCAGGUGCCACUAUUGAAAUGAUACCAAAAUUUGAUGCUGCCGCUGUAUGGAAUAGGUGGAUGAAACCAGAUAAUGACCUUUCACUUUUCAUGGCAUUUAGAUUAAUGGUUUCUGGAUCAUCAGCACUUCCAACUCCUACUAGAAAUUCUUGGAAAGAAAUUAGUGAUGGAGUUGUGUUAUUAGAAAGAUAUGGUAUGACUGAGAUGGGAAUGGCGUUAAGUCAUGAAUAUGAUGUUGAAAAAAGAUAUGAGGGAUGUGUUGGAGUACCUUUGCCAAAUGUACAAGUGAGAUUGAUUUCAGAAGAUGGUAAAGAUGUUACUAGCUUGGUUGAACAACCAGGUGAAUUGCAUGUGAAAGGACCAAAUGUGUUUAAAGAGUAUUGGAAUAGGCCUGAGGCUACUAAAAAGGAAUUUACUGAAGAUGGAUGGUUUAAAACAGGCGAUAUAGCCAUGAUAACGGCAAAAGAAAAGGUCUUCAAGAUCCUUGGUAGACAAAGUAGUGGGUCAUAUAAGCUUUCAGCUUUAGAGAUUGAGAAAGAAUUAUUAUCGCAUUCCGAUAUACAAGAAAUUUCUAUUGUAGGAGUUGAAGAUCCAGAAUGGGGACAAAAAGUUGGUGCGAUAGUUGUUUUAAAAAAUCAGGAAUCAAAAUUGGAUUUAAAACAAUUAAGAGAAUUUGCAAAAGAUAAAUUAGCACAUUAUAAAUUACCUACUUUAUUAAAAGUUAUAAAUGAGAUGCCAAAAAAUGUUAUGGGAAAAGUUAAUAAGAAGGAGUUGGUUAAAUUAUUUGAUGAUUAA